AUGCCCGCCGGCACAAUGUUCGCCAAAUUUAAAAGCGCCAAUGUGGCAGCGUCCACCUCCAUGCAGAAUGUCGCCGAAGGCAAUCCCAUUACCCAAUACUUUGAGAUUGGCAAGCCGGUGGCGUGCGCGGGACCGGAGCUCGUUUGGCGCAUUCACGAUGCGUAUCGGAAGAGUGAUAAUAAGGAAUGUUCUGUGUUUAUAUUUGAGAAGAAAAUUGCGGAGAAAUUGCAUAAGCCACGUCGCAAGGAGACAAUUACGGAGCUGCUGAAAUCCUCGGUAAAGACAUUGGAACGCUUUCGUCAUCCACGGAUACUGCAAAUAUAUCACACGGUCGAGGAGAGUGCCGACACACUGGCAUUUGCGGCAGAACCUAUUUUUGCCAGUCUAUCGAAUGUUUUGGCUUUUCAUGAGUCGAAAACCUAUGAGAAUGCGAAUGUGGCACCAACAGCAGCCGGCGGGGCGCCACAAACGCAAACAGCGCCCAACGCUCAACAGCCGCAACGGCCGGCGCAUGCAAAGGAAUACAUUUUCUUGGACAUGGAGCUAAAAUAUGGGUUUCUCCAGUUAACUGAGGCUUUGUCCUAUCUGCACUAUUCUGGUCACGUAAUUCAUCGAAAUGUGUGUCCAUCAUCUAUAUUAAUAACCAAACGCGGCAUUUGGAAACUGGCCGGCAUGGAGUAUGCGGAAAGAAUGAACGAGACUGAUUUGAAUUGCUCAAUUCCGUGUCCGCCUUGGAGCAACAGGGUAUCAAAAAUGGCGCAACCAAAUUUGGAUUUUAUGGCGCCGGAAACGCAGGCAACGUCCAAAUGCAGUCUGCUCAGCGACAUGUUCUCAUUGGGAAUGGUCAUUUGUGCGGUGUUCAAUAAUGGCCGCCCACUGAUACAAGCUGGGAAUUCGACAUCAAACUAUGCGAAGCAAAUGGAAACGCUGGACGAGAAUGUGCAAAAGUUAAUGCCACGUCUGCCCAUUGCGCUGCAGGAAGCUGCCUCCCGUCUGGCCAGUCGAGAUUCAACGAUUCGCCCCACGGCCCAGCUGCUUCAUCUCAUCAAGUACUUCAAUGAUCCGGCUAUAGCAGCAUUGAAAUUUCUGGACGUAGUCAACAUGAAGGACACGCAACAGAAGUCACAGUUCUACAAGACCACCUUGAUAGAGGCUAUGCCGCUGAUACCGCGAAAACUCUGGUGGCAGAACAUUUGGCCCAUGCUCAAAUCGGAGAUCAACAAUGGCGAAGUCCUGGCCGCGGUCCUGCAGCCCGUCAUGCUGUUUGUCCAGGAGGCGACACACAGCGAAUACGAUGCUUUGAUGUCAGCGACAAUGAAAGUUGUCUACAACACACCGAAAUCCAUUCAAGCGAGCGUUACGAUACUCGAGAAUUUGCAUUUGAUUAUUGAGAAGACGAAGCCGGAGGAUGUCACCACAGACAUAAUGCCAAUGUUAUUCUUUUCAUUCGACGGCUCCACGAUACAAGUGCAGAGCGCUGCUGUUGUGGCUGUGGCGAAUGUCUUUGACAGCAUCGAUGAGCUUUCCAUACGUCGCAUGGUGUUGCCGAAGGUGAAAAUGGUGUUUGAGAAGAACAUAACCGAUCCGAAGAUAGUGCAGAAUGUGUUAAUGUGCAUUGAGCGUACGAUGGAUCGCAUGGAGAAGGCCCAAGUAAUGGAAGAGGUGCUGCCGUUGUUGGCCAAUAUUCGCAUACCCGACCCAGAUAUUAUUAUGCGUACUGUGCGCAUCUAUCACAAGCUGUUUGUGGACAAAUCCUAUGGCCUGAGCGUGGAAACAAUGGCCACCAAUGUGCUGCCAUUGCUUAUACCGCAUACUGUCAAUCCGGCGCUCAAUUUCGAGCAAUACUGCUAUCUGCUUGAGGUGCUGCAACAAAUGCUGGAGGCCAUCGAUAGACAGCAGCGCAAUAAAUUGAAAUUGGACAACCUGUCAAUCGCCUCGCCGGAACGACAUCGGACCCUUCGUCAUCAGUUCUCCACAGACAACAUGAAUGCGCCGCCAUUCAAUAUCCCCAACUUGCGCAUUGAUCAGCGAAAGACCUCCAGCGCUGAGGAUAUGGCGCGCAAGAAUUCCGGUGGUUCUGGCAUGCUUGGUGGCUGGUGGUUUGGUUGCUCGCCCUCAUCGCCGGAUAGCAAUUUCCUGCGCGUUGGCAAUGUGUUUCCCAAUCGACGGCUCUCCGACAACACGCUGAUGACCCCGAAAAUACGCAUAGCCCCCUCAUGCGCUUCCUCGCCGGGCGGCACGCCGGGCAGUGGACUGCCGACACGUCGCCACUCGAGCAUUGGGCCGCAGGAGAGACGCGGCUCGACCAUCAAUUUGUCACCGCCAACUUACGGUGCCAGGGGUAGCUCCGGAUCGAGUUUAUCGGUGCCCUCAACUUCAGUUUAUGUUGGUGGCUCCAUGCCGAACACAUCGAGCAGCGUGCCGUUCUUGCUAUCAUCGAGCAUGCAAUCGAUACGCUCGAGGCGGACAUCGACAGUACUCUCAUCGGGUCCACUUGGCUCGGGGUCGGGCUUAUUGCAGCAGCUGGGAUCCGGCAUGUAUCAACUAUUCUCCGGACGUAACUAA